AUGACGCGGGCCUCGCUUCAUUCGCAAAGUACUGGCUCUGCAGAAUCUACAUCGUCUAAUGAAGUGCUAGAUGGUUUAUAUGCGGUACAUGAUGAACUUGGUUCUGGUGGUUUUGGCAAAGUGAAGCUGGCAACGCAUUUGUUGACUGGCCAGAAAGUUGCAAUAAAAAUAAUCGACAAACAGGCCAUAGGGGAUGACUUGCCUAGAGUCACUAAAGAACUGGAAGCUUUACGAAAGUUGUCUCACCAGAAUAUUUGCCGAUUAUAUCAACAUAUUGAAACGGAGGAGAAAUUUUAUAUUGUGAUGGAGUUUUGUAGCGGUGGUGAGAUGUUUGACUACAUUGUCAAGAAAGAACGCUUACAGGAAUCUGAGGCGCGUCAUUUUUUUAGGCAGUUGGUCCAAGCGAUUGCUUACGUUCAUAAUAUGGGCUUUGCUCAUAGAGAUCUUAAACCUGAAAAUUUGUUACUAACGGAGGAUUUGCAAUUAAAACUAAUAGAUUUUGGAUUAUGUGCUCACCCGAGAAUGGGUUUAAACCGACCUCUGGACACUUGUUGUGGGUCUCCAGCUUACGCUGCACCAGAGUUAAUCCAGGCGAGUGGCAAAGCUUACUUGGGUCAUGAGGCUGAUGUGUGGUCGAUGGGUGUACUUUUAUAUGCAUUAUUAUGUGGAACACUGCCUUUUGAGGAUGAUAACAUGCAGGUUCUUUAUAGGAAGAUUACACGCGGGAUAUAUAACGAACCUGCUUUUCUUAGUCAAGGUAGCAAAGAGCUUCUUCGCUCAAUGCUGCAGGUGAACCCAAAAAAUCGUAUUACUGUAAAGGAAUUAAUAGAACAUGAGUGGAUUAAUAUGAAUUAUUCUCACACCUUGAAGUGGCAGUCGAUAUAUGAUCCUAAAAUCGUUGAUGAGGAUGUGACUAGAGAAAUCGCAUGCCAUUUUUGCAGGUCAUAUAGGGAAAUGGAGUCAAUGUUAAAAGAGUGGCGAUUUGAUUAUAUUACUGCUACAUAUUUCUUGCUUCUAAAUUUGAAAAGAAAAGGUAUGCAAUACGCUUUGCCGGUGAGAAGAGUAUCAUAUGAGACGGGCUCCGAAAAACAAAACAUCCUCACGUCUCCAACAAUACACGCGUCUUUGGGUCAAGAUCUGGAUCGGUCUGGCCUCGAAGAAGGUGUUGUUCUUGACGAAAAUGAUGGCUGUGCUGAAAGUAGUUCAAGUGAAGGGGAGAAUCUGAAACCAGCUGUUGACGAUGAUAUAUUUUUGAAACCUCACGCAAGGCUUGGUGUUCACGAUAGAUUGCUAGAAAACUGGAUUAUAAAUGCGUUUUUUUUUUUUUUGCAGAAUGCAUCUUACGCACGAGCAAUGUUAAACAUGCCUGCUAUUUACACGGGACGUUCGCCGAAGCGUUUGCAAGACUAUAAUGUUUAUCAUCCUGGUGGUGAUUCACAGGUCCUUAAUUACCCUGCUUUUGCGACGCCAGUCCGAAAACGUGGAAAGCCUAUAAUCCCUUUGCAAUUUGAUAUACAAGCGUGUGGCAGGAUUGGCGAUUUUAACAAAGAAAACUUUAGGCCAGCUACUGUGCGUGUUCGAGGCCCGUUCAAAGUAUGUGAUGAGACUCGGCCUCGCAGUGGUGUAUAUGUAACUCCAGCCAGAAACCCUUUGCACUCUGUUUUUGUCACUCCAAAACAAUCUCGUUCCCAUUCAUCUGAACGAAAUACUCCCCCCUCUACGCCUGGAUCUUGUGGAGAGCGAGCUCCUCGGUCUGCUACAAAAACUCCGCGCUUAAGGCAACGCGUAUUUGCCUCUUUGGAAAGACAAGCUGAUAGAAUGAUUAAUUUAUUGACACCAAGAAAACUCAAAAACACUUCUCCAGGUGUUCUAAAACACACAAAGACGAUGGUGAACGUUUCAAUAACAUCUUCCAGGAAUCCUGAUUUAGUCCGAUGUGAACUGAUUAAAGCAUUUGCUGACGAACAUCUUUCUAUAGAGCAAAGAGGUUGGAAGAUAACGGGGAAGAAGCGUGACGACUGUGGACGGUUUAUGACUGUGGAGUUAGAAAUUGUUUUGAUUGAAAUGGGUAAUCAGGAGAGAUUGGUUGGGGUAAAAAGGAAGCGCUUGAGUGGUGAUGCAUUCAUGUAUAAGAAAGUUUGUGAACAAAUACUUCGUCUUGCUGGACUAUAA